AUGUCUCAACCGUCAGCACCCGCAGAUCGACAGAUCAGUAUCAACCCCCCGUCCCCGAUCAUCACCCGAGCUACCGCCCCGGAGUCACCCAAGACACCGGAGCGCCAGUUUCUCAAGCCACUCACCCACCACGACCACGGCAGCGAUUCCCCUCGCAAGAUGACCGUCGGCGGAGUAGACAGUCCUGGGUCCAAUAGGCUUGAGUAUCCCGUCACGGCUUCCCACAAUACGGUCAAGGUCGAGCUUGCUGAAAGGGUCGAGUUCGACCAGACGUCUGUCCUGGACCGCUUGAAGAUCACGGAGCUGGACUCUGCGUUCGUCAGGGACUGCAAGAAGAGCCUGCUGGAACGAUGCGCGAGAAGUGUGAAGCGACUGAAGAAACUAUCUCUUACUGCGGACAGGAUGAAGACGACGAACCUCGCACUCGAACCGGUGUUGGACGCUGAUGAGACCACCGCGAAAGGGACCGCAAGAGAAAAGGAAAUGUAUAAACCCUUGACAGACCUCUUCGACUACAUCCGAGGUUAUUCGCAGCCGGGCAAGCAGGGAGCUGACGAUGACGCAGUCCGCUUCGAUCGGUGCUUCAUCAACCAAACCAGAGACCUCAUUCCGGACCAGCACCACACACCCGGUUUCCCUCGAUUCACCCCAGACUUCACUCUUUUCCACGAUAGCGAGAUGCUUCGACGACUGGCCAAAGGCGACAAGCGUCGACGUCAUUGGCGAUACCAGGACGCGUUCAUCGAAGUGAAGGCAGGGUCCAAACAGCACCCAUUUCCGAACGAGAACAAAGAAGCCACCCCCCUCCUCACCCAAGUCGCCAAUUACGCGCGCUUGCAUCUGUCCGCCUGGCCCUUCUCCGCCUUUUCCAUCGGGCUCAUGAUAUAUGGUCGCAAAUUCUGUGUUGGCAUGUUCGAUCGCUUUGGCGGUCAGCUCUCCCCGGAAUAUGAUCUUUGGGACCACCUGGACGUCUUCAUCCGCAUCGUCUAUAACAUGACCCGUGUCCUGACCGAUGACGAGCUGGGCCGCGAUCCUUCCGCCGUCCUGUCCUGGCAGGACGACAAGAUCGUCUUUGCGGCCGUGGAACCGGUUGGGGACGAUGAGCGAUGCUGGGCAGUAGACAUCGAGAAGCCCUUGUGGUCCUCGCUGUCUCUAUUCGGGCGCGGCACCACUGUAUGGCAUGUCCGGGCGCGCAAACAAAAUGGCGAACCCGACGGACCCACCUUUGUGAUGAAAUCCUCUUGGCGCUCUAGCAAACGCAAUUCCGAGUCAGAUAUCUAUCAGCUCAUUGCUAGCAAGGGGUGGCACUCGGGUCUAGCAAAAUACGUGACUGGAGCGGACGUCAAGUUCCCUGUUGGGACACGCUGGGGGGAUCGCUCCGGUUCGCCAAUCACCAUACAUCAGCUUCGUAGGGCGUUUCUCCCUCCCGAGGAGGAAACUAUGUUCCUCCACCGCAUCAUUCUGGAAUCUAAUGGGAAGCCGAUCUGGGAGUAUGAAGACGAUGAAGAGCUACUCAGAGGCAUGCUAGGUGCCCUUGCCGGGCACAAAUUCCUUGCAAAGCAUGGGAUACUGCACUGCGACGUCAGUGCGGGGAACAUCCUGCUCUCUGUGAAUCGCGACGAGCAACAAGCUUGGGGAUUUCUCACCGACGUCGAGUACGCCCGCAUGAGGGAUGAAACCCGUACAGAAGAGGUCGUUGAAGCGCCCCUCGGAUACGGGCCCGUCAAUCCGAAGUUCUCAGGGUCCAUGAUCAGGGUGAAGACCGUAUAUACGCAAUUCAUGAACGGUGCAGCUAUCUCGGGCACAUAUCAAUUCAUGUCCCGCCGCCUCCUCUCAUAUCUUCGUAUGGGCAAAACAUCAGUUCGCUCCGAAGAAGAAGAUGACGUCGAGUCCUUCUUCUGGGUUUUGCUCUAUGCAGUCUUCAGGCAAUUCACUGUCAGGGCAGUUGGCAACACGGUUAUGGAGCAGGAAGCCCGCAGCUUCUUCGUCAAGAUGUUUGGCGCAACAAACAUCCAGGAAGUCUUCACUUUGCGGCAGGAUCCAGCGGCACUCAGUACACUCAUCAUCUCAAACGUCCCUUUCGCCGACCACACUACCCUUGCACUCCGUUCCGUGCUCCAGGCAUAUAAGAUAAAACUCCAGGCAGAUGUGCCACUGGUUCACGGCGUAGCUGCGGAGAAUAGGAAGAAAGGAAAGGACAGAGGGAAGCUGAAGACAACGGCCGAAUUCACGCCUUUACCGGUGUCUCAAGUGUUCACUCACGCCAAGUUGGAGGAAAGUCUGCAGACGGCGGUUGAUGAGAUCGUUGACGCGAUGCUCGUAGACUCCGACUCAGGCCAGGCUCUUUAUACCACAAUGGGAAUGUACAUCUGUCUCGCAAGUGACGUUUUGGAUGAAGGCACGCCCCUACCCGACACUUUGCAGCCCCAACCGGCACGCUACGAACGCAUUCUGACGGGAUCCACACGCGCAGAGCUCAACGCGGAGUGCACGAAGUUCGUCAAUGAGCACGGCCGCACGCUCGACACUGAGGAGCAGUUCGAUGCGGAGUACCCCUUUGAGAUCUAA